AAGUCUGACAUUCGUCCAAAUGCCAAUAAAAGGCAACCACCUAUUUUCUAUUUCCUUGUUUGUCCAUUAUUUGAGGCGAAAUGUUUGCUUGUAAUAAGAAUAAAAUGCAAAUGUAAACUGUUCUGUAAAAUUGUUAUUUCCUGACUGUAUAUGAUUAAAUUUGCAAACUAUGCAAGUUUUGAAAAAGGUUCCGAUGAUUUAAAUUUAAAAUUUACAAGUGCGUUUGUUUCAAAUAAAGAGAAUUAAUCAUGAUUUUUCUUAAACAUUUAAUAAACUUUUGAAGCAAAAAACAUGAAGGAUCCAAAGAGCCAUAUUCAAGCUUUGGCCAUGGUUGCCAGCAGUGUUACCGUUAAUCCUCAUAUUCCAAUUGGUCGUUAUUUUAGAUCUGGUUCUGAAAUGCUGAAGAUGGCAAAGAUGUAUCUCGAUGAAGGAGAACUAGAAAAUGCUUUUAUUCUCUAUACUAAAUAUACAACGUUGUUUGUGGAGCAGAUACCUAAGCAUCCAGAAUAUCGGACUUUAACUGACAAGGAUAAAUUUGAGACUAGAAAGAAAUUGGAAUCAAUUUUUGAUGUAGCCAUGAAAGUAAAAGCUGCUAUAACUGAAUCUUAUACAAAAAAAUAUGAAAAAUGGAAACAAGAGCAGGAUAAAAUAUUAGCUGAAGAGCAGUUAAGACUGAAGAAAGAGGAAGAAAGGGAAAAACUUAGAAAGGAAUUUGAAAAAGAAAAGAAUUGGAGAAUUGCAUAUGGCAGGGAAAUAGCCAUUGGACCUCCCUCCUCACUGGAACCCUCUUUAGAUUCUUCAGAUCUUAUUGCACCACAGCAGCCAUUUGUUGAUUCCGCAGCUCUUAUUGCACCACAGCAGCCCUUUAUUGAUUCCACAGCUCUUAUUGCACCACCGCAGCCAUCUCUAGAUUCUUCUACUCAUAUUACUCCAGUGAUAUCCUCAAAAAGUUUGCCUACUGUUGAUCGCAGUACGAAACCUCGUUCUAUCUUGAGUCUAGAUUCUGAUACAGAAUUUACUCAUGGCCUUCGAACUGUUAAAGUGCCUUCAAAAGGAAUUGAAACUUUUCUAAAUAUUGCAAAGAGAAACACAGAGUCCAAUAUUGAAACCUGUGGAAUACUCACAGGUAAAAUGUCUCACAAUCAGUUGGUGGUGACGCAUUUAAUCAUACCAAAACAAAGUGGAACUGCCGACUCUUGCUUUACGGAUGACGAAGAAGAUGUUUUCUUGUAUCAAGAUAAACACGAUCUCAUUACAAUUGGUUGGAUACAUACGCAUCCUAGUCAGACUGCUUUCAUGUCCAGUGUAGAUUUGCAUACACAUUGUUCCUAUCAACUUAUGAUGCCAGAAGCUAUAGCAAUUGUAUGUGCACCCAAGUAUGAUAGUACUUGCAUAUUUUCCUUAACACAAAGUUAUGGUCUUGAUUAUAUUACUCAGUGCAGGCAGAAAGGUUUUCAUCCUCAUCCAAAUGAAUCUGCAAUUUAUGAAGAAUGUGCACACGUCAAACUGGAGGAUCAGACUACGCUAACUGUUGUUGAUCUCAGAAAAUAAAGUAAAUAGAUA